AUGCAGCUGCAGGGAGAGAUGCAGAGGCAGGAGUGGAUGCAGCUGUUGGGGAAGAUGCAGAGGCAGGAGUGGAUGCAGCUUCUGGGGAAGAUGCAGAGGCAGGAGUGGAUGCAGCUUCUGGGGGAGAUGCAGAGGCAGGAGUGGAUGCAGCCGCUGGGGAGAUGCAGAGGCAGGAGUGGAUGCAGCCGCAGGGGGAGAUGCAGAGGUAGGAGUGGAUGCAGCUGCUUGGGAAGAUGCAGAGGUAGGAGUGGAUGCAGCCGCUGGGGAGAUGCAGAGGCAGGAGUGGAUGCAGCCGCAGGGGGAGAUGCAGAGGCAGGAGUGGAUGCAGCUUCUGGGGAAGAUGCAGAGGCAGGAGUGGAUGCAGCUUCUGGGGGAGAUGCAGAGGCAGGAGUGGAUGCAGCUGCUGGGGAAGAUGCAGAGGCAGGAGUGGAUGCAGCCGCUGGGGAGAUGCAGAGGCAGGAGUGGAUGCAGCCGCAGGGGGAGAUGCAGAGGCAGGAGUGGAUGCAGCCGCUGGGGAAGAUGCAGAGGCAGGAGUGGAUGCAGCCGCUGGGGAAGAUGCAGAGGCAGGAGUGGAUGCAGCCGCUGGGGAAGAUGCAGAGGCAGGAGUGGAUGCAGCCGCUGGGGAAGAUGCAGAGGCAGGAGUGGAUGCAGCCGCUGGGGAAGAUGCAGAGGCAGGAGUGGAUGCAGCUGCUGGAGAAGAUGCAGAGGCAGGAGUGGAUGCAGCCGCUGGGGAGAUGCAGAGGCAGGAGUGGAUGCAGCCGCUGGGGAGAUGCAGAGGCAGGAGUGGAUGCAGCCGCAGGAGGAGAUGCAGAGGCAGGAGUGGAUGCAGCCGCAGGGGGAGAUGCAGAGGCAGGAGUGGAUGCAGCCGCUGGGGAAGAUGCAGAGGCAGGAGUGGAUGCAGCCGCUGGGGGAGAUGCAGAGGCAGGAGUGGAUGCAGCCGCAGGGGGAGAUGCAGAGGCAGGAGUGGAUGCAGCCGCAGGGGGAGAUGCAGAGCAGGAGUGGAUGCAGCCGCUGGGGGAGAUGCAGAGGCAGGAGUGGAUGCAGCCGCUGGGGGAGAUGCAGAGGCAGGAGUGGAUGCAGCCGCAGGGGGAGAUGCAGAGGCAGGAGUGGAUGCAGCCGCAGGGGGAGAUGCAGAGCAGGAGUGGAUGCAGCCGCUGGGGGAGAUGAAGCAGUACGUGAUUGGCGUCUUGCAAGCCUGGGCUCAUCUUCCUAUAUUUGUCAAUUGCAUUUUUUCCUUUGUCAGCACGCUGCAUUAUGGUAAAUUUUAGAUAAAUAUUUAUUUUUUCCUGCUCCAUAUUCCAGGUGACCAGGGAGAGUUUCGUAGCCAGCACUGGCAUUGGCCACAGACCGUGGCUCGUGCUGACAAUGUUGUGACAGAUUGAAGUUACGUCAUGACGCGGCUUGUCAGGUCUUUUGUAAACCAUUGUAUAGUAGAAAAGGUUUGACAACUGUGUCAUUUCCUUUUUGUGGUUCAUUACCUCAUUGGUUGUAUUCUGCUUCCUGGCAAUGAAUAGAAUAAUUUCUUUUUCAAUGUAUUAACGUAAAUCACAGUAGUUGGUCUUCUGCUCACGCACCCAUUGCUAAUAGAGAAGAAUACGGCGCAUGGCGAGAACAUAGGCCUGCACAUGGCGUGCUGAUGGGACCCGCUGCGCUGCUGAACAUGGCAUGGCCUUGCUUUUGAGCUGGACUAGGCUUACAUAUGCCACAAUACAAUGAAAAUAUGGUACUUGUGUAGUUCUCCCAGUAAUUCCACAGCUCAGGGUUUGCUCCAGUUGUGUGCAGCCUAGACACCCCUGUGUGCGCUAACUACAUCUGUCACACAGGUCUCUCUCCUGUCCUGAUGAUUUGCAACAAUGUAUCGGCCAUCCAGGCUGGUUACCCCACAGAUGAUUAUUUAGACUGGAUACAAUUUGAACAAACCCUCAGGUGUGAGGUAUUGGGUUAGGAUGAUUUUUUAAAGGGGUUCGUCCCCUUAAUGGUGAGACCUGCAAAAUGAUAGCAUACUUGCCUGGUACAUCGCUGUUUCCUGGCUCCUUCACUCUCUGUCCUUGGCUGCCUCGCUGGGGCCCCCCGCUGUCCACAUCCACGUUGAUGCAGCAGUGGUGACCUCUAAACCCCUCCCCUUGUGCCAGUGGGGGAAGGCAGGUCACAGCUGCAGCCAGCGAUUGACUGCAGUGGAGGACCUGAGCAAGGCUGGGGAGCAGCUAACUAUGCUUCUGUUUUGCAGGUCUGCAAACCCCUUUUAAGUCCUAGUUCUCAUUCACUGACUGAAAGCAGAGGUCUUGAUACUGAUGAGGAAUUACCACACAAAAUGUUUUAGAACCCGCUGAACUUUUAAUUAAACCAUGCUUAAAGGGUUUUUCACCCCACUCGGUAGCAUCUGGUACCUGAUGAAAGAAUCCUACUCGCCCGCUCUGUUCUGUAAUCUUCUGGCUGGGAUACGGUUGCGGUCACAUGCCUCUGCAGCCAGUGACUGGCUUCAGUGAUAACAUUUUCCCAGGCAGCAUGUCACAUGAGUAAUAUGCUUCUUGGGGGCGCAUCACUGCUGAGGCCAGUCAUAGGCUGCAGCAGCCCACCCGACCCCGUCCCUAAGUGAAAAGAGGCCAGAUCCUGGAGCACCCAUCUAAGCUUUAUCUACAUAAGAAUAGAUGACCUUUCCCCAUAAACCCGUGGUCGCUCGCCUACUCCGCCCAUCCCUGUCCUCCGUUAUGAAGCAGUUCCACACGUGAUUGUACGCCGGUCGUCAGGCACUAUAUAUAGUAUAUAUAUAUAUAUAUCUAUAUAAAUAUAUCUUACUGUACAGCAUUUUUUAGUCUGUAAAUGUUUUGCACAUUUUUUAAAGAUUUUUCUUUUAAUUGAUACAUUGAUUGUAAAACUUGGAGCAGCUGCAGAUGUGUGCGUGGAAGCGUCUGUGCGAUGUACUACUGUCUGUGCUUGUCAAACAUGGAGAUUUUAAUAUACUGAGCUACUUACUCGCUUCUGGGUGUUCUUAUACUGUACCUUCUUAUUAUGUACUGAAGCUUAUUAUACCUUUGCUGGCACGGGGUGGGGGCUGGGUUUUAUAUAUAAUAGACAUUCUUGAGACUCUGUCCCUGGAGAACACAAGCCCCUUUUAUAUCCUCCUCAUCUGCAAAUCCCCAGGCAGACUCUGGGGUGGUCGGCACCACAGGAACAGCGCCCUCAUGUGGCGGGGGCGAAGAUGUUCUCCCGAGGCAGAUCCUCUGUGCGCCGCUGUGCCAGCAACAUGUUCUAAGUGACCUGUCAUAGUAAAGAAACAUAAUCGACUUGAAUACAUAUUAUAUAAUGUGUCUGAGGCUGGAUCCAACACUAUUUUGUUAUGUUUUAUGAUGAAUUUUUUUAUGACUGCCCCACCCCCUUCUAUUUCUUACUCCUGAUGGAAUGGUUGCACUUGAACAAAUGGCUUCUAUGAAUCGAUAUCAUAAGAGUUAGAAAUCCGACAUGCAGGCGCCUCCUGUCCAAUUGUGUUUAUUAGCAUUAAAUAAAUUCGGUUUUAUCCCCCUUA